AGGGAGCUCGGGUGGGAAAGGGGUUCGGGGGAGUCUGCUGGAGAAAAACCUCUUUGCCCUUGUUCAGGGCACAAGCUGGCCCCAAGCCGGGAAGACCACCCGGUUCUUUGUUGUCCCCUUGGGCAGUUCUCUCAGGUUCUGAGGGGCACAGGCUCCCUCAUCGGAGGCAGGCACCUCUCUCCCAGGGUCUUGGCGCGGUGGCCCCCAGAGCCUCCCACCUGUGCUGCUUGCAGGGCGGGCUUGCUUCCUGAGCUGCUUGCCUUCCGCCCCCCUCUAGGGAUGCAGAGCACUAGGGUUGACCCUUGGUUCCACUGCCUUCGGCCCUCGGUGGCUCCCCUCCACUGCCAGUAGGGGGGGGUGGGGGGGGGGUGGGAGGAUGGCGGCGGGGCGGCCUAAGUGCCCACGGUUCUCCCACCGGUGGGAGCCUCUGGCGCCUCCCAGGGUGAGAGCCCCUGGAGUUCCUGGGGCCCUGGCUGGGACUGAGGGCCUGGAGAGCACUGGGCCAGGCCGCCCUGCGUGGCGCGGCUUCGUCCCCCACGAGGGUCCCUGACACCCCCGUGCCUUCGGGAAAGCUGCCCCCCACCCACCCCCCCGAGGAGGUGUGGGCUCCGGGGCGGGGCCUGCAGCCGGAGGUGCGCGCGCAGCCCGGGCUGGGCCCCGUGGGCCACGCCCACGACCGCCGGGGUUAGGCGAGGUGGGAGCGGGGCGCUCGCGAGAGCUAAGCCCCACCCCCGCGAGCCAUUGGCUGGGGCCGCCCCCACGCCGGUGAGUGACAAUCGCUCGCGCGGGCGGGGCGCAGCCACCGCUUCCGCCGGGCCAUGGGGCCGCGCGUGCUGCUGCCGCCGCCGCCGCCGCCCCUGCUGCUGCUGCUGCUGCUGCGGGCGCUGCUGCUAUCGGCGCUGCUGUGCGGGGCCGAGGGGGCCGCGCCCCCGUCGCCGCGCCCGGUGCAGGCCACGCUGUCGCCACCGCCCGCCGUGACGAACGGGAGCCAGCCGGGCCCGGCGCACAACAGCACGCACCCGCGACCGCCGGACUCGCCGGGCUCGCCGCUGCUGCGCUCCUUCUACGUGCUCACGGGCCUCAGCGGCCUGGCCGCGCUCUACUUCCUCAUCCGGGCGUUCAGGUUGAAGAAGCCACAGCGGAAGAGGUACGGCCUUCUGGCCAACAGCGAGGACCCCACGGAGAUGGCUUCGCUGGACAGCGACGAGGAAAUCGUCUUUGAGACGAGGCAUCCGAGAUGAUGCUCAGGUCAGGGAGGCAGCGUUGCCAGAAGCUCCGGGCAGAGGACAAGAGACGGAACCGGCUCCCUAGCGUCUGGCGUGCCCCACUGACCGCCUGCCGGCUGUGACGCAGACUCCGCGAGCUCUCGUGGGUCGUGCCUAGCUCGCCUACUCUGCCCGAGGCCGCUUUGGCCCUUCGCCCAGACAGGACUGUCGAGGAUGCUGGGUGGGAAGCAGAGAGGCCCUGGAGGCCUUACACAGGACCUUGAGACUGGUGGGGCCGUGACUUGUGCCGUUCGGCCUCCUCUGUGGGGUGAGGCAGCCCCCAGCUACAGCCUGCCGGGGGUGGGGAGAGGGGGGCCGGGCGGCCUGAGCGGCCUGUCUGGAAGCAUCUUCCCACCGGGCUGGAGACAAUAAAGGCAGCGGUGGUUCUGUG